UGUUCAGACGAGCUGAAACAGGUUUCCUGUGAUCCUGAUCGGACUGCAGGUGUCCGAUCCACGGGCCACGCUUGCAUCACCUUGUGACACCUUCGACAGAGGAUUCACAGAGCAGGAUGAUGACCCACAGAUCACAUCAACAGUCGCGCCUCUGUUUGAUUUUCUGCACUACUGCUUCUCUGCUACUCGUCCUCUUCAGUCAAGAUGUAGAACAUAAACAGUCCAAACAGAGGCUGCAGCGAGAUGAUCUGGAGUCUGCAGAAAUGCCUGCAGAGUACAUUGACCCAGCUGCCAUCGAUCUCACCCCACUGGUCAAUACUUUAAUAAAUUCAAGUCAAUCCGGUUCUCGUCAGCUCUUCUCUCUGCUCAGUGUGACGUCAUACAGCUCGUUGGCUUUACACAAACUCACCCUGCUGGUUUAUAACAUUUCCAGCAUGAAAAGUGUAGAAAGCGGUGUCUUCAGGAGACGAUUCUGCUACUGCGUCACCAAUGAGACAAACGACUUAACAGAUUUUACUGCCAUUCUGUUGGACGUGAUGGGAAACUCAACCAGUUACCUUCAGGAGAUUUUCAAAUCUGCGUCCAUAUUAUCAGUCAGCCAGAGGAAUAAUUCAGACUGCAUUUACAUCUGUGUGAUGGCGGGGAAGAAGGAAAGAGAGAUGCCGAACCUGUGGGAGGCAGGUGCCAUUACACCACUCUUUAACCGGACCAUCGUUGAAGGUCCUCACGUCGGUAAUGUUUCAUCCUUCAAAAUACCUUUUGAACUGCACCAACCGCCCACCAAUCUGAGUCACAUCUCGCCAUCUGGGAUGAGCACCAUGUUGACCAGCAGAGUCCAUUCCACAGAUCGUGGGUUGUCAACAAUGACUGAAGCAACCGUUGCAACAACAGCAAAGAUCACAACUGCCCAACUGCAGGCAACGUUUCAGAAACCAACAACCUUCAAGCCACCGAGUCAAACAGCACAAGUCACUUCAAUGACGACACAACAAGCUGUAGAAUCACUGACGAGUAUUUUUCAACCGAUCAGAACCUCAGCGGAGCCACUCCCCACAGUGUUUGUUACCACGGCAGCACCUACAACUACAGCCAAAACUCAAACAACCACAGCAUCAGCCAAUCCCACGACCUGCUCACCAGGCACCAGUCUGAGCCCGCGGAUUACAGCAGCACAGCCAACUGCAACAACCCGACGCACACCUUCCACAGGUCAUCCAAUAACAUUUUCUUCUGAGCAUCACACAGCUGGAAAGACCAUCGUGUUUACAAGCAAGAAACCAGCAAACGCAUCAUCCAGCAUGUCGAGGGUCCCAGAGAAACCAGGCUGUCCUUGGAGAAGAUCCGAGUUGAUUGACAACUCAGUUGCCAGCAGCACUACUGUCAGUGCUCACAAGCUGCAGUCAUGUGUCUUUGAGCUCUGCAAGUUCUUCUCCCAGUGUCUCUGCAGACCUCGGAAGACGCUCUACAAGAUGCGAUUGAAAAGAUACUGUGACGACAGCCACGUCUGGUAUGAAAAACAUACAUUGGAGUUAUGUCGGAGGGUCAGGAGAGUCUCCUUCUCCAGGAAUUUGAAACAACGCUGCCUGACAAAGAUGUGCAGCAAACUGUGAUGGAGUGGAAGCUGGAGUGGAAGCACAAAUACAAAAAGCUCUUCAUCGUCACUACAAAAGACUAAUGUGAUCCACAAACCGACACCAGCAGCAAAACAUUUGCAGUCAGUUUGAAGUGUGGACAGGUUUUUACACUUUUCACCUGUUCAAGUAAAACACAACAUUCACAGUGAAGUUUGUAAUUCUUAAAAAGCUUUGCGAAUUUUAUAGAACAAUACAGACAAAAUGAUCGUCCUGGACUAAAGCAACACUUUAGCAUCAAGCUUUUGGAAAAAUGAACAGUUUAAAAUUCUCUUACUGGAUAAGAAAUUUAAUAAAGACAGCUGCUGAAUGUUCCCA